CGGAGGUGGGAGCUGUUUGAAGUGCAAAGCUGUUUUUGUGGCUGGGAAGGCUUUUUUGUUAGUACCUGUGUGAGAUGGUGGUGUUUCCCCCUUUCCCCAGGGAGGUCAGUAACUGUUUUAUGGCCCGAAGACUCUAAAGCAAUUUAAGUUAGAAGGCGAGUAGGACUGGUGGGUUUCAGAGGGAAUCUUGGGCUGAUUAAAUUUUAGGUCUUGCUUUACUUCCUCAUAUCUUUUUAGGCCUCAGAGUUGAUACUAUGAAAGUUUUUGAGUAAGAGCGAUGGAUCUUAAUUGAUGAAUCAAAAUUAUGAUAGAAUGUUCAUCCUUAUUCUAUUUUGGAAAAUCACGGCUAGAGUUUUAAGUGAGGUAAGUGAAGUGAGAAGCUUAGCGGAGAAGUUAAAUCGCAGAGAAGUUGGGCCGAUUCAUUGAACUUUUGUAGAUUGAUUGAACUUUUGUAAAUGCACCAGGUGAAGAGGGAAGGGUCCAAGAGGGAAAAUAAGUACAAAGAGAACAUACAGAUAGGGCCGGAGACAAAAUUACAAAGAAAUGAUAAUUCUAGGCCUGGUUGUUGGCUAAAAUAUGAUUGUUCAAAGCAAAAAUAAAAUAGGAACCUUCUAACCACUACUUCAAAGCCCACCAGCUCUUGAGUUAAAACCUAUGGAUCUUGCUGGCAUCAUGUUACUUUCCUGCUGGUUUUAGGAAAAGUUGAUCAUUUAGAAAAGGCUGCCAGAGUUAAAAAUGCAAGGGGCAGCAAAGGAAAGUAAUGCGGGCGGCCAGUUCUUGACGUGGACAAAAUGAGAAUGAAAGUUUCUGAGCUCACUGCUGUGAAGUUUCUUACAUGCUGCUCAUUUGCUUAGAACGCUUUCUCAGAUAUUCCACCGCUUAAUGUAAAAAAGCAAAGUAGCUCUAAAAUGGUGUGGGCUUUUUUUUUUUUUUUUUUUUUGCUUUCCCCAAGUAUGCCAGGGCUGUGAAUAAAUACAGGGUUUGUAUGGGAAGAUGAAGCGUUUCCUGUAAGUUGUGAUGCUGACAGGACAGUCUGGAAAUGAUACCAACGUUUGGAAGAUUUUUUUUUUUUUUUUACCUUUAAGUGAAAGUUUAUUAAUGACAUGCUUAAUCUUAACAAGUCAAACAUAUUGUUCUUAGAGCUUAUCUCUCCUCAGAUUUCAUAACUUCCUUUUAAAGCUAUACCCCUGGAUGAAAACAUCUCUAGAUUGAGUUAAAUAUACCGGGCCACAAACGUGCUAAAGUUUGAUGAUUAUUUUUUAAUAUGAACAACCUGAAAAUAAAACUCCUGACGGGGGGAUAAAGUUUUAAUGCCCCAUUAUGACUUGAUUUCUCUAAAUGCGAGGCAUUCUGCAGCUUCAUUGAUACACUGUUGGCCGAGUAUUGUUUACCAUGAGCGAGUUGAUGUUUACAGCUUCCCAAUAUAUCUAUUAUAUGUUAGGAUAUAUUGUGUGUAGAAUACUUUUCCCACACAUAACAACGGAGUCUGACACUCUCCAAAUAAAUGGUGGAACAUCGCAAGUUCCUUACAAAAAAGUUUGUCACUCCUUUGAAUUCUACACGCUGUAAGGGUCUGCUGCUAUUUAGAUGUUGUCCUUUGUCUGUGAAAGGUAACAUUAAAAGUAAAGAGAAGAAUGUCAUAGUAGUUGUGAGGUCUGAGUUGAUUUUAGAGCUCAGCAUUCUGAUGAUUAAUAUUCUCAACGAGUUAAUAAAAUUUUUACUUGAAAAGAGGUUAGAAUCCAUAAUCGUGUGCUAAUCGUAAGUGAGUUACACAUGUCUCUUCGACGUUUUCAGUAUUAUUUUUACUUUUCUUUUAAGUCACAUCCUCCUCCUGAGCUUACUCUGAUUUCCAGAGUAUAGGUCCUCCUGUAAUACACAUAAGGGAAUCUUCAUUCAUAAGGAGAAACUUCAAAACAGGGAAAUGAAUGCAUCUGUGGAAAAGCUGCUUUUAAGAUCUUAGUAUUUCAAUGAUGUUUCUAUUACUGGUAUUAUUAUUUGGUGAGUGUGUGCGUGUGUGCGUGUGUGUGUGCAUGUGUGUGUGUGUGUGUGUGUGUGUAUAGAGACAGACAGAAAGAAAGGAAGAACACAGUUUGCAGUUAAUAAUCUGCACAUUCCUAUAAAGAACAUGCCAAAGGGUGUUAAGUUUUAAUAAACUGUUUUCUUACCUUCUUUGUGGAAGUAAAUAAACAUUACUGAAAUUUUUAGAAAGACUUGUGGCAAAUUGUUUUUGAGCUAGAAUUUUUUUUGAUUUUGAAAUCUGUACAAAUAUUGAUAACUGGACUUUAAAUGUUUUUUAAUAAUGCAUAUAAUCUAGAAAAAUAUUUUUCUUUCACUACCCCUUUUGGUAGCAAAUAAUAAUGUAAUAACAUUAUGCUAUUGUGUAGAAAACAAAAAUAGACUUUAAGAACGUUAUGGGCAGGUGUUUACAAUUGAUUUAAAGGGAAAAUUAGUAUUUUUGAAAUAAGCGAUGCACUUAAAAUAAAGUGACUGGUGCACAUUAAAACAUAUUCUUAUUAAGAUAUUCUCUGGUGUGUAAAAUGAAGCCAUUCAUUCAACAGACUGACAACUUUCCACUUGGUAUUUGCCUUUGCUUAAUUUAGUUUCCGCAGGACAGCUAGUGUGGUAGUCUGCAUCUGUUUUUGGCAGGCACAGAAAACUAUAAACUGAGACAGUUCUGUCCCAAAUAGCUCACAAGUUACAAUCAAUUUGAUAAAAACAGGCAGGUCUUAUGGACUUGCUGUCUGUUGUUCAUCCUUGGUCAAGCUUUCAGGUAACAGGUUUCUUUCUCUCCCCGUUUUGCUGGUUAUAACUACUAAUGCCAUUGAUAACUAAUUCUGAGUCUUGUUUACUCAUUUAUCUACUUUAUUUAUUAUUUAAUGAAAUUUGGGGAAAUUAAUGACAGCAUAUCUAGACUUGGUUUUACUUUAUGUGAUAACUAUGUCUUUUGAUAUCAUACAGAAAGUAAUGAAUUCUUUCUUACUAUAAUAGGUUUACAAUUUAUGGAAUUGCACAGUCCCCUUAGGUGAAAUGUGAAGAAACUUCUAGCCCUUGCCAAGUAGAAAUCUCAUCUAAUUCUCUGAAGUUCCUUGUAAUUGUCAUGUAUAGAGAAGGCUAAUGCUCUUUGCUGUGAUUCCCCUUGAAAAAAAUUAAGCAGAGUUUUUUUAAUAAUCAUCAAAAUUAUUUAUCUCCUACAAGCUUUAACCAGUGGAUUAAAGUAAAUAUGCUAAAAUGCCAACUGUUGUUUUAUACUACCGUUCAGUAGCAAACAGUGCUGCAGAGGGAAUAACCACUUUUAAAAUUUUCUCCUCAAGUGUCAGUGGGUCGUAGGCUAUUUGUUUAUUUGUAUAGGAUAUUUGGUUAAUUAUAUAUGACCUUUACUAAUAAUGUCUUUAAUGCUGCUCCUAUGGUCAGCUCUAGUAUUGUGUUACUGUGCGUUUCAGAUGCCUGGGAACCAAACUCACUGGUCUUUCGUUUGGUUCUCUGGUGGGUAUCAUAACGUAGAACCAGAUUUAGUUUAGAAAGAGAUCUUUGGGCUUAAAGAGACCUCUUUGCUGAAUUUGGGGAAGGACCUAUGGAUGAAAAUUAUUUGAAUUGUUAAGAGUUCAGGAAGAAGCAUGACUUGUCGCGGUAGCUGGAGUAGCUGUUACAGUAGCAAAAUGUCUACUUUUUGUCACUCCCCCCACCCCCCUUUUUUUGUUUUUUGUUUUUUCCAAGAGCACAAAUCCAAGUAGCAAAAGCAAAGAUGAAAUUAGCUAUGCACUUCAAAUGUGAAGCAUCAUUGGGAAUCAUUUUCUGAUUCAAAGCUGUAAUUAAAAUACAAAUAAUAUCAAAAUACCCCCAAGAAGACACUAAGGGUACGCCUUUUGUUCCUAAGCAUGUUUCAUUAAGAAUAAGAAAGAAAACUUUUAAUUUUUAAAACGUUUCUAGCUCUUUAAAAACCUGCAGUAAAUACUUUACAAGUGGCUAGACACCUUCCCUGGUGGUUUAGUUUAUACAAGCAGGAAACUUUCUCUCCUACUCUUUCUCUCUUUCUUGUUUUCUUUAAACCAACUGACGUAAUGCCAAACUUUGCUUUAAAAGAACAGACAGAAGUAAUUGGUAGCUUUUAACUUUUAAUAAUGUUCUGGAUUGGUUUUAGUGGCCAAAAUGCCAUUUUUUUAAAAAAAAAAAAAGUUCAAGUAAGAACGGGCUUGUGGCCUGAGGAAGAAAGGCUCUGUUGAUGUAGUUAUUUUUAUUCUUGUUUUUCAAUCUGUUAUUAAAAAUCUUUCCUGCUGAGCACUGCUGGAUUUCUCCAAUUGCUCUCUGUGAUGGCUGGUGCAUUUCAGGUUACCGUAACUUAAACAGUUUUUGGGUUUUGGGGGAGAGUGGGUAUUUGUGUUGCGUUAUUUCUUUCUUAUUUGGAAAAAAAUUUGUUUUUGUUUCAAUUGACAUGAAUUAAUUAAGAUUAUCAAUGGCGACAGGUCAAUGGAUGUGUUUAUAUAAAGAAUGCUACACCUGUUAGCAAGAGCCUGAAAUGUGGAAGUUUAAUUGUGACAUUAAUCAUUUUUAUGUGCGGAGGAAGGAAAAUAGAUGAAACUUUACAAAAAUAUAUUUUUAGAUUGAAAGCGUUAAUUUUAAGGUUCAGUUUGUUUCUACCGGUGGUUCUUUUAUUCUCACAAUUUUAGAUGAUAAUAUUUUAACCCUAUUUAUCACACAGUGUUUUUAGUUUCCUUUUUUUUUUUUUUUUUUAAUUCGUCCUUUACUCUCUUCCUGAUCUUACACAGGCAAAUAGAACUUUCUCCAGUUAAGGGACAUCUUGGUGAUGUUGAUUGGCAUCAGGGCAACUUCAGAAGCUGGCAAGUAGGAAAAUCUUUUCAGAGGGCAAAAAGAUUUGUGCCAGUUUUUCCUUCCUUGGGGAAAGACACUCCAUCCAGAAGUGGGGCCCUCCACCCCAUUUGGUGGGGCAGAACGGAGUAUCGACAUUUCUGGUGUGAAUCGUUCGUAAGGUUUAAAUCUUAUGGGUACUUGUCUUAGACUUGGCUUUUAACCCCAAAUUUGUUUUAAGAGUUUUUUUUUGUUGAGAGUUGUUGUUGUUGUUACACAGAGCACAUUUUAAAAAUAAUACAUAUUGAACUUAGGUAUCACGGAGAUACCUUAAAAUGUCUCUUAUGUUUUUUACACUUAUAAAAAGCAUUCCUCAUAUUCAGGGAAGUUGAAGUGCUCUCCGCGUAGACAUUUGACAGUUUUGACUUAACCUGACUUACGUCUUUCUCAGUUUUUCUUGUGAGAGCUAAGACUUUAGUCCACAUCAGGGGCACUGUUUCUCUGGUAACUACUUCUUUACUUACGGAUUUGUCAGGGAAGACCUUAGUAACUGAAGCUAGAAGUUGUUCACGUCAGCAUGGUGAGAAUGUCUUGAUGUAAGUCUUACUUUACGUUUCAUAGAGUUUUCAAACAUAAAUUUAAAGUUACUGGUUUCUCUGUGAUUGCAUUUUUAUUUAAUGAAUGUUGGUUUAUUACUUCAAAACUGAGUGAACAGUAAUAAAGUGUAGCAAGAAGGAAAAAAGGCGGAGGGUGGUGUUUGGAGCAGCAGUGCUUUGAUAUCAGCAGUUUGUUUACUGUUCAGUGGUGGGGAGGGGUUGGAGAGGCUUUGUGGGAGAUGAUAGAAAAAAAAAUCCAUCAAUUGCGCAUAUGAUCCCCUCCCCUUAAGGUUUACUUAAACAAUAUGUUUCAGUUUUGCCUCAAACCAUUCCGCACCACUUCUGCUCCCAAGCAUCCACCACUAUCUGGUUCCUGAGCGGUUAAGGAUGACACUUUCUGUUGUACAAUGAACUACACUAUUGUUUGAACUAAGAUAUGGUCCGGAAAAAGAACCCCCCUCUGAGAAACGUUGUUAGCGAAGGCGAGGGCCAGACCCUGGAGCCUAUAGGUACAGAAAGCAAGGUGUCUGGAAAGAACAAAGAAUUUACUGCAGAUCAGAUGUCAGAAAAUACAGAUCAGAGUGAUGCUGCAGAACUGAAUAAUAAGGAGGAACAUCGCUUGCAUGGCCAAGAUUCAUCCUCUAGCAGCAAGAAGGGCCCCAAAAGCUCCAGCCUGAGUGAGAAGGCUGGCUUCAAUUAUGAAAGCCCCAGUAAAGGAGGAAACCUUCCCUCGCAUCCACAUGAUGAGGUGACAGAUAGAAAUAUGUUGGCUUUCUCAUCUCCAGCUGUGGGGGGAGUCUGUGAGCCCUUGAAGUCUCCUCAACGAGCAGAGGCAGAUGACCCUCAAGAUACGGCCUGCACCCCAGCAGGGGACUCAUUGGAGACGAAGGAAGAUCAUAAGAUGUCACCAAAGGCCACGGAGGAAACAGGGCAGGCGCAGAAUAGUCAAGCCAAUUGUCAAGGCUCAAGCCCAGUUUCAGUGGCCUCCAAAAACCCACAAGUGCCUUCAGAUGGGGGUGUAAGACUGAAUAAAUCCAAAACCGACUUACUGGUAAAUGACAACCCAGACCCGGCACCUCUGUCUCCAGAGCUUCAGGACUUUAAAUGCAAUAUCUGUGGAUAUGGUUACUAUGGCAAUGACCCCACAGAUCUGAUUAAGCACUUCCGAAAGUAUCACUUAGGACUGCAUAACCGCACCAGGCAGGAUGCUGAGCUGGACAGCAAAAUCUUGGCCCUUCAUAACAUGGUGCAGUUCAGCCAUUCCAAAGACUUCCAGAAGGUCAACCGUUCCGUGCUUUCUGGUGUGCUGCAGGACAUCAAUUCUUCAAGGCCUGUUUUACUAAAUGGGACCUAUGAUGUACAGGUCACUUCAGGUGGAACGUUCAUUGGCAUUGGACGGAAAACACCGGAUUGCCAAGGAAACACCAAGUACUUCCGCUGUAAAUUCUGCAAUUUCACUUACAUGGGCAACUCCUCAACUGAACUAGAACAACAUUUUCUUCAGACUCACCCGAACAAAAUAAAAGCUUCUCUCCCCUCCUCUGAGGGUGCAAAACCUUCAGAGAAAAACUCUAACAAAUCCAUCCCUGCACUUCGAUCUGGCGAUUCUGGAGACUUGGGAAAGUGGCAGGACAAGAUCACAGUCAAGGCAGGAGAUGACACUCCUGUUGGCUACUCGGUGCCCAUCAAGCCCCUCGAUUCCUCGAGACAAAAUGGUACAGAGGCCACCAGUUACUACUGGUGUAAAUUCUGUAGUUUCAGCUGUGAGUCCUCUAGCUCACUUAAACUGUUAGAACAUUACGGCAAACAGCACGGAGGAGCACAGUCAGGCUGCCUUAAUCCAGAAUUGAAUGAUAAGCUUUCCAGGGGCUCUGUCAUUAAUCAGAAUGAUCUAGCCAAAAGUGCAGAAGGGGAGCCAAUGACCAAGGCAGACAAGGGCUCUAGUGGGGCUAAAAAGAAGGAUUUCUCCAGCAAGGGAGCAGAGGAUAACAUGGUGACCAGCUACAAUUGUCAGUUCUGCGACUUUAGAUACUCCAAAAGCCAUGGCCCUGAUGUAAUUAUAGUGGGGCCGCUUCUCCGUCACUAUCAGCAGCUCCAUAACAUUCAUAAGUGUACCAUUAAACACUGUCCAUUCUGUCCCAGAGGCCUUUGCAGCCCAGAAAAGCACCUUGGAGAAAUUACUUAUCCAUUUGCAUGUAGAAAAAGUAAUUGUUCCCACUGUGCACUCUUGCUUUUGCACUUGUCUCCUGGGGCGGCUGGAAGCUCAAGAGUCAAACACCAGUGCCACCAGUGCUCGUUCUCCACCCCUGAUGUAGAUGUGCUCCUCUUCCAUUACGAGAGUGUGCAUGAGUCCCAAGCAUCAGAUGUCAAACAGGAAGCCAAUCAUCUGCAAGGAUCGGAUGGGCAGCCAGCUGUCAAGGAAAGCAAAGAACACUCAUGUACCAAAUGUGAUUUCAUUACCCAGGUGGAAGAAGAGAUUUCCCGACACUACAGGAGAGCACACAGCUGCUACAAAUGCCGUCAGUGCAGUUUUACAGCUGCUGAUACUCAGUCACUACUGGAGCACUUCAACACUGUUCAUUGCCAGGAACAGGACAUCACUACAGCCAACGGCGAAGAGGACGGUCAUGCCGUAUCCGCCAUUAAGGAGGAGCCCAAAAUUGACCUCAAGGUCUACAGUCUGCUCAAUCCAGACUCUAAAAUGGGAGAGCCAGUUUCUGAGAGUGUGGUGAAGAGGGAGAAGGUGGAAGACAAGGACGGGCUGAAGGAGAAAGUUUGGACCGAGAGUUCAAGCGAUGACCUUCGAAACAUGACUUGGAGAGGGGCAGACAUCCUGCGAGGCAGCCCGUCAUAUACUCAGGCAAGCCUGGGGCUUCUGACGCCUGUGUCCGGCACCCAAGAGCAGACCAAGACUCUAAGGGAUAGCCCCAAUGUCGAAGCUGCCCAUCUGGCACGACCUAUAUAUGGCCUGGCUGUGGAGACCAAGGGAUUCCUGCAGGGGGUGCCAGCUGGCGGAGAGAAGUCCGGGCCCCUCACCCAGCAGUAUCCUGCAUCGGGAGAAAACAAGUCCAAGGAUGAAUCCCAGUCCCUGUUACGGAGGCGUAGAGGCUCGGGUGUUUUUUGUGCCAAUUGCUUGACCACAAAGACCUCUCUCUGGCGAAAGAAUGCAAAUGGCGGAUAUGUAUGCAACGCGUGUGGCCUCUACCAGAAGCUUCACUCGACUCCCAGGCCUUUAAACAUCAUUAAACAAAACAACGGUGAGCAGAUUAUUAGGAGAAGGACAAGAAAGCGCCUUAACCCAGAGGCACUUCAGGCUGAGCAGCUCAACAAACACCAGAGGGGUGGCAGUGAGGAGCAGGUCAACGGAAGCCCCUUAGAGAGGAGGUCAGAAGAUCAUUUAACUGAAGGUCACCAGAGAGAAAUUCCACUCCCUAGCCUGAGUAAAUACGAAGCCCAGGGUUCAUUGACUAAAAGCCAUUCUGCUCAGCAGCCAGUCCUGGUCAGCCAAACUCUGGAUAUUCACAAAAGGAUGCAACCUUUGCACAUUCAGAUAAAAAGUCCUCAGGAAAGUACUGGAGACCCAGGAAAUAGUUCAUCCGUAUCAGAAGGGAAAGGAAGUUCUGAGAGAGGCAGUCCCAUAGAGAAGUACAUGAGACCUGCGAAACACCCGAAUUAUUCACCACCAGGCAGCCCUAUUGAAAAGUACCAGUACCCCCUUUUCGGACUUCCCUUUGUACAUAAUGACUUCCAGAGUGAAGCUGACUGGCUGCGGUUCUGGAGUAAAUAUAAGCUCUCCGUUCCUGGGAAUCCGCACUACUUGAGUCAUGUGCCUGGCCUACCAAAUCCUUGCCAAAACUAUGUGCCUUAUCCCACCUUCAAUCUGCCUCCUCAUUUUUCAGCUGUUGGAUCAGACAAUGACAUUCCUCUCGAUUUGGCGAUCAAGCAUUCCAGACCUGGGCCAACUGCAAACGGUGCCUCCAAGGAGAAAACGAAGGCACCAUCAAGUGUAAAAAGUGAAGGUCCCUUGAAUGUAGUAAAAACAGAGAAAGUUGAUAGAAGUACUCAAGAUGAACUUUCCACAAAAUGUGUGCACUGUGGCAUUGUCUUUCUGGAUGAAGUGAUGUAUGCUUUGCAUAUGAGUUGCCAUGGUGACAGUGGACCUUUCCAGUGCAGCAUAUGCCAGCAUCUUUGCACGGACAAAUAUGACUUCACAACUCAUAUCCAGAGGGGCCUGCAUAGGAACAAUGCACAAGCGGAAAAAAAUGGAAAACCUAAAGAGUAAAACCUUAGCACUUAGCACAAUUAAAUAGAAAUAGGUUUUCUUGAUGGGAAUUCAAUAGCUUGUAAUGUCUUAUGAAGACCUAUUAAAAAAAUACUUCAUAGAGCCUGCCUUAUCCAACAUGAAAUUCCCUUCUUUUAUUCUUUCUUUUGAUGAGUAGGUUACCAAGAUUAAAAAGUGAGACAAAUGGUCAGUGAGAAACAAACGAAAAAAAAAAUGGAAGAUGGUAAAUAGUCAUGUUUUAGAACCUAGCAAGUCAGAACCAUCUUGGCGAAUGUGUACUGUGGAAACGGUCCAUAAGAAGUAUCUCCAGACUCUAUUAUGUUUGUAAAGGAAGAGAUCAAAGCUAUCUCGAAUUUGAAAGGGUUUACAGAUUAUGAUACUAAUGCAGUAUUGGGCUGGCCAUUGGUCCAUUUGUUCACCAACCCAUAAAUUGUUGCCUAAAUUUAGAAGUAUCAUGAAAUCCUAGGCAGAUGAGGAGAAAUCUAAUCUCCAGGGCAGUGAAAGGAAAAUGGCGCCUCUUACAUCAGUCUCCUCUCAUUGACGGUGUUUCGGAUUUAGACCUAGAAAUGUGAGCUGUGGUUAGGCUUGGUGAGAGAGCAGUGAGGAAAGUGACAGACGGUGGCACAGUGAUUUGGGCCAGCCCUGCCUGUACAUACACAUGCACACCCUCUCUGAUAUUUUUGUCCUUUAGAUGUUCAGAUACUCCUUUCAAAAACAGUCCUUUCAUUUGCAGUUUAGGUUCAUUCUGUCCCAAUAUAUAUGCCUUUUUAAAAACAGUGCCCUCAGUGCUUACGUAGUAAUUCUUUUCUUUAGCCAGAUAUUCCUAUCUUGUAUGUGAUGAAGCAGUUUGGAUUUGUUUUUUUAAGCCUCCUCUUGGUCACCGAUCUCACUUGGCACAUUGUAACUAAAGGGAUCCCCCUCAGUUCAAAAGAUUCGAUGGAUAUAAAAGUUCAGACCAUGGGCUUAACUUGUUCAGAAUACAUGGUAUUUCUCCAUAAGGUAACCUGCUGUGUUUUAUUUAUUUCCUUUUGGUUAAAUAUAAUUUCCAAACUUUGUGGCCAGGCAGCGUCUAAGGUUACGUUACCACAGACUGAUAGUUGGUAUAUGUACCAGUCACUCCCUUCAUUAGAUUUAUACAGGUUUAGUUAAGUAGCAUUAAAUAGGAUUCUUAGAAGUAUAUCUUCAUAGUACUUUUAAUACUUCAGGCUUUGUAAAACUAUCCAUGAAGGGAAAACUCCUCAGCAUAACUGCUCAGGGAAAUAGGGCUAAAUAACUAAACAUUAAAUAAUUGGUUAAAGGUGCUGUUAGUCGAGCCUCAAUGCUUGCUACAAGGAUGUAUGUACAAGGACUGACUUUAAUAAUUUGCAUUAUAUUGUCCCAACCAGUAGUUUAUUUUUUGCCACGGAGAUGUAGAAGAUAUUACAAGCUACUGGAUGCACUGUCAGAUUAACUUAUUUCAUUAAAGAAGUUGGGAGAACAAAUAGGAAAAAAAAACUUAUUUUUCUAGUAAAUAUUAAUGUAUUACAUUUCAAAUAAUGGUGCCUGACAUAUUGAAUAAUUAUUUUCUACAGUGUACGUAUGCAACAAAGAUAUUCCAUCAUGCAUUAGAGUCAGUUCUGGCUCUGCCUAGCUGUUUACAUUUGCAAAUGUAGCAAACAAGGAAAUGAAGCAACUAUUUCUAUUGCGGUAGAUAUCUUUUGUGUGUGUGUGUGUGUGCAUUAAAGUUGUAAACGGUAACAUGAAACAAAUGAAAGUUCUUGAUAUAAUGGUAUGGAAAACAAGAAGGAAAUGAAAAUAUUUUUAUGCCUACUUAGGAAAAAAAAGGGUAGCACUAUUCAUUCCAAGUACUUUCUUUUUUUUUAAUUUUUAAGCUCUUAACUCACAUUGUUAUGCUUAAAAUGAUAAACAUAUAUCCUCUUUUUAUUGCUUUGUCUAUGUUUCAGAUGAAACAUUUCAGAAAUUAUUUUGAUAAGUGCUGCUGGAACCCGCAGCACUGAUGUUUUUAUUGCGUUCUGUAGCCGCAUUUGCACUCAUUUUUACAUAAUUCCCAGUCGCUUUGUUAUUGUUUUUGUUUUGUUUGGGUUUUGUUUCUUUUUCCCAGUGCCAGGUCUUUGUUUCUUAAAGUUGGAUGGCAGGUAGAGUUCAACCAGUUUGUGACUGUCGUAGUGAAUGAAGUUAAAAUGUCUUUUUGAUGUGUUGUCAUUUCCAUUCUUGCAUUUUUUUUGUUUGUUUGUUUUCAUGUAAAAAAAAAAAAAAGGAGAGAAAGAGACAGAAAAAAGAAAUCAGGACUAAGCCUUCAGCUUCAGUUUCAUUUUUAAAGGGCCCUAUUCUGGUCUCACCUGUCCAGCUCUGAUAUUCACAUAAACUGAAAUGAGGAGGUGGAAUGAGAAGUUCUAACAUUCAAAUUAUGUGAUGAGAAUUUUAUCUUUCUUAGGAAUUUCAAUGAAUGCAUCUCAAAAUGUACAGGCAGACUUGAGAGGUGGCCAUGAAAGAUCUCAGAAAGAGAGGAGAUUUCCCAAACAACGAAACAAUGUUUCAUUUUCAUUUUCUUAGUAAAAGGACUUAGUAACGAAGUGCACUGUGGCAAUCCUUCAGCAUCAUUACACGUGGACUGCUCAAAUCAGUAAAAUGCCAGAAGUUUGGUUAACUUGGGUAUGACUUUUUGGGCAAAGCUACUCGGUAGACAAUUUCUCCAGUGUGUCGGACACAAACAGGUUGUUCAUUUUUGGCAUGUAUUCCUUCUGUUUUUUGUUUUUGUUUUCUUUUUUCAACUGAUUUUUGUUUUCUCAAGACAGACAUAGUAGUAACGAUUAGCAUUGGAAAAUACAUAUCACUAUUCUUGAAAUAUUUAUGGUCAGUCUACUUUUGGUAGAAUAUUCUUGGAUAGCAUUGACACGAUAGAUCUUCUUCCAUAUUCUUUUAUUAUUAUUUUAUUUUCAUUUUUGUUGUCAUUAUUAUACGUAUUUUGAUGGAGAAGAGGUUGGGCUUUUUUUAAAAAGAUGAAAACUUACUGUGACACUAAAAUACCCCUGUUUUUUGACUUCUGAAAGCCUUUGUUCCAUCUCACAAAAUAUAUUACAAAAGUGGUUGGUUGUUAUUUUAAUUUGGUUUUAAGGUUUCCAAAUGAUUUUGCCUUAAAAUGUGAUAUUAAAUGAGCUAUUUAGGUACUUAUCCUUUUUUUUUAAGGACUUUCAAGAUGAUUUAGGAUUUUCCCCUCUUGGAAAAGGCUUCCCCUAUGAUGAAAACUAUAUGCCAGCUAAAAUUGUAUACCAUUGAAAAACUGUAAGUCUUUUGAAAUUACUUGUCUCUAUUUUGAAUCAAGUUUUGGGUCAAAUUUUAGGUCAGGACCAGCUCAUGCAUUCAUUCUUCCUUUUCUUACUCUUUCUUUCUUCCUCUCUCACCCAUAUAUUCAUACUGUUGUUUGGGAUAGAAAAAUCAUGAGCCAGCCCACCUUGGAAGGAUGUGGAUUGAGAGACACUACAGGACUCUAAGUGUAUGAGAAAAGGAUGGAGCUCUAAACCUUAACAUGUUAACUCUGUAGUUCAAAAGGAAAAGAGUGUGCCCAUUCUUUCUACAUGACAUAUUGAGAUGUUCUUUUAAAAAAUCAACUUUUAAGAUAGUGAUGUUUUAUUCUAAACUGUUCUCUUUUAGUAAAGGUAGAUUUUAGAAAACAAGCAUGGGGAUUCUUUUCUAAGGUAAUAUUAAUGAGAAGAAAAAAAAAGUGAUUAUCUUUAACAGCUCUUUGUUGAAGCCUGUGGUAGCACAUUAUGUUUAUGAUUGCACAUGUGCACAUAAUCUAUUAUGAUCCAAUGCAAAUACAGCUCCAAAAAUAUUAAAUGUAUAUAUAUUUUUAAAUGCCUGAGGAUAUACAUUUUUCUCAAUAAAUCGAAAAGUAUCAAUACUGCUAUUAAAAUAAUUAUUAGCCUUCUGCUGUGUGGCUGCAAAACAUCACAGGGUGACCUGUCUUGAGACUUCUGAACUGCCUGCCUAUUUAGUUAGUGAACAUUAGCGCAAUUCUAGAGUGGGGAUAUCUGUCAUCCAGUGGUGGAAACAUGGAGUAAAGAAGCUAGUGGUCAGUUUCUGUGCUGUAUGCCAGCCUUUUCCCUACAGUUUACAUGAGCUCACGGUCUUUGGGUUGAGGGUCAUGGCAAAAAAUGCAAGGCAUCUUUGGUAAGCAAGUAGGUGAGAGCUUGCUGACUGUCCCUAGAUCACAGGAGAAAAUGGUGGAAUUGAAAUUCAACCAGAAUAUGAAACAAAAUAUGCUAACCAAAGGUAGGUAGUGUCAGGUGGAAUUCUAUGAGUAGGCAGCUGUAAAUGAGAAAAGGUAGAAAGACAUGCAUUGGGACUUUGAAGGGCUGGGUUAUUUUCCAAAAGAAAGACUUGGCCAAGGGCAGAGGGAUGGCUUAUUUGGAGAGCACUUCCUUUUGGUUUUCCAUUACUGUUUCAUAGCUGAUUCACACGUUCCUGAUAGCGGUGCAAUUGUUGAGAAAUCAUCCACAAUUAUUUGCAGUAAUUAAGACCUCUGAAAGAUGCUAGGGCAGAAGUGUGUCAAGUCAGGGAUGAAGAAAAUGUGAAAUUCAACAUUGAUCCACACAUGGAAACUGGAUAAUGUGUGGUUCUCUUGAAAGGAAAGGUAGAGCUGUAAGCUUCACUCCGUCCUACACCAGAGAAAAGCGAGAGUAAUUUUACAUGGAAAUAACGUAUAGCCUUCAUCAGAGAAGAUGGUCCUUCAGGACCCAUAAGUCCCCAAACUGGAUCCUGAUUCUACCCCUGGUUGUUUUUCAUUAUAUGACCUGCAGCAAAUCACUUUUUCUUUUCGUUCCUCAGGUUCCUCACCUGUAAAAUGGAAAAAAAAUAUAUUAAUAAUAAUAAUAUUAAUAAUAAUAAUAAUAAUAAUAAUGGUAAUGUAGUACUUGUUUUGUAAAGCACUUUGAGAUCCUUGGUUGAAAGGCACCAUGAGAAUGCCAAGUAUUAUUAUAUGGCCAAGGGGCUUAUUUAAACUCUCAGUUCCCAAGGGCCAGAAAAGGUUGGGGUCAUGUUUCUUAAAAAAAUGAGCUGUAAAUAUCAUACCAGGCAGCCUAUAGUGUUGACUAUGAAGAGGCAAAACUAUUACAAGGCUGAUAAAACCAUAGUUUCUUAAUGGCUACCAACAAGGCAAAUAUCACAGUAAGAAAUGCCAAAUUCCUUAGGGCGGACUGUUUGACAACAUGGAAUUGGGGGGGGGGGUGGGUGGGACGGGGUUGGGAAACAUCUCAAAAUGCCAAUGUAAAAUUAACUUACAGCAAUAUUCACCAGCAGAAAAUGUCUUUCAUACGGAAUGAUUUCAUGUUGCUAAGAAAAAAUUCAAUUUGUAGUCCUGAUUUGAAUAUUAGAAUGUUGGCUAUAAUAGUCUGUUCUUACAACACAUGGAAUUUUUUUUGUUUUAUUUAAUUUUGUUUUCAUAGUGCAUGUUCAUUUCUACUCACAAACAUGUUCUUGGUGUAUUUCUUAUGCAAACAAUCUUCAGGCAGCAAAGAUGUCUGUUACAUCUAAACUUGAAUAAUAAAGUUUUACCACCAGUUAUAUAUAAUGGCGUUGGUAUGGUUUAUAUGGGUUCACUUUCAUGCACGUAGAAAUAGGAAACACAGACCAUUGUGACAUAUAGACAGGCUCUGAUGAGUUGAGAUGGUGAAAUCAAAUCACCAUUCUCAAAAAUAAGACUAAGAUUGAAAGGUCCUGGAGUCUCUCAGCUUGUUUUGCUUUGCUUUUUUUUUUUUCUUUAACCAAUCUUUUAUUGAUAGAUCUUGUAUAAAAGAAAAAAUAUAUAUACUAGUUUCUUGAGGAGGGUUAACAAUAAAAAUUGUGUUUAUUUCAAAAACA